GAGGAGGAGGAGAAAGAAGUAGAAUAAGAAAAGAGGAAAAAGAAAGAGAGUGGUCCAGGAUAAAAUUACCUUUCGGAAGAGAAGCCACAUAAAUGGUUAGAAUGCAUCCAAAGCAGGACUUUUUAAGAUUGGAUAACGUGAAGUAGGUUUUGAUCUUUGAAUAUAUUUUCAGAGAUUUGAAAGAUUUAAAUGCUAUCUGUUGAUGUAAAUACGAAUAUGUCUAUACAUGAGAGAAGAUGGCGAAGUCAAGGCUUUCUCGUUGAGAUUUCCCAAGAUUAUACGAAGAAAAGAAAAAGAAUAGAAUGAUGUUUACCUGUAUUUUUCUGAUGAUACGUAUUGCGAACUGACAGGUUGAUUUUCGAAAGUAAUAAGUUCUUUUUAAAAAGUUUCAUGUAAAAUUAAAUGUAACUCGUUAUAUUUCUUUGUAUAUUCUUGUUUAUUAUAUUUUUUGAAUUCUAAACUCUAUAGUUGAUAUAUAUAUCUAUCUAUAGCGUUUCUUGUUAAAACAGGAAUAAAAAAAGUUAAAAGAAAAGGAAAUUUGAACAAAUUUGAAAUGGUAGGAGCGCAUAUGCGGGAAUAGAAUGAAAGGGAGAAAGCUGCAAGAUAUAAUAAAACGUAACAUAUAUCUUCAUAAUUAAUAUUGUAAGAAAACUAUCAAAUGAAGUUAAAUGAAUGCUUGAAAAUUCGAUCAAUUCGCUUGACGAAGUAAAAAGAAACUCUUACGUACUCAUCCGCAUAAUUACGUAUACAAUAAAACGAUGCUAAAACUAAUUAGAAUUGAUUGCAAUUAAAACAAGCACAAUUACUUUCUUCUUGGAAAGGCUUUUUAUGAGUAAAAAAGACGGUCGUGAAGUAAAAUCGCUGGGCUCGACUUCAACGUUGCCCUGUAAUUUUCUGUGUAUCGUUUAGCGAUAAUUCGAAACUCAAAGUAGACUGUUUUGCGAGCUCCCACGCGUGUGUCUGUUAUAAAUGUUGCGAAGAAGAGGAAGCCGAACGUCCGUUUACCUUAUUACAAAUAAGACUAUAUUCGUGCCUAUGAACUUAAUAAUAUUUGUCUAUGAACUUAACGAUUUACUUUUACAACGAGGUCGAUCUAAUGGUUUUUUAUUAUAAUAAUUAUUCAUUUGACAACAUAAUCUUUUAUCAUAAUAAAAUAUUUUAAUAAAAUCUUUCCUGAAUGAAAUAUAUAAAACGUAUCAUUAUAAUGAUACACGAAGAUCAUCGAAAUAGUACUCGAGUUGCUAUUGAAAAAAAAGAAAAAAAAAAAAAAAACGAAACAAUGAAAUCGAAAGGCAAAGAAAAGAAAGAAAUAACGAACAAUCAUGGUAUGUUUGAAAAGUCGAAGACAUCGUAGUUUAUUUUUUCUCAUUUUUCAAGGCUUUCUCGCCUUGGGCAAGUCGAAGAAGAGUCAAGAAUGUAACCGAAGUGAUCGUUCCAGCAGUUCGGAACGAUAACUCGUACAUCAAACACACGUGGCACGUCUCCAUGUGAGGCAAAAGACGACGCGAGUAAAGCACCGUUUCGACUUCUUCGAGUCUUUGAACCUUACAUGGUGACUGGUUCGUGGCGUUAACCAUAAAGGAUGUUGUUUUAGACACGUUGAAAAAAAAAAAUAAAAAACAGUUUUUCAUUUUGUCUCGUACGAGAAUAUAUUGAAAAAAGAAAAAGAGAAAAUAAAUAAAUAAAUAAAUAAAUUUGUCAAAUAAGGAAAUGGUCUGCUCAAAAUAAUAUAAUAAAAGGAAGAUUUUGUGGUGAAAAACAAAAAAGAAAAAAGAAAGAAGGAAAGAAGAAAUCGUUCAACCAAGAAAUGAGGGCACCAUGGCUCGUUUUGAUACUAAUGGAGUUACCGGACGUUGUCCUUGGGGUAUCUCUAUGUUACCGUAAUGACACUGACUUUAGUGUCAGGGGUCAAAGUUCAGGAGAGAUCUUUGUUAGAAGAAGACGAUCCCUUGUCUUUCCAAAGGGCAGCGCUUUCGUGACGACCUUGGCUAUGUUGAAAGCUAUUAUGGUUAAAGAACCACCAAAUUGGAACAUGAUAUAUGAAUUCGAUGUGAUAUGGCCAAUACCAAGUGAGGAAAAUUUUCGAAAGAAUUUAUACAGAAAGCCAUGGAUUAUAAAGCGACGUCACAGACGAGAGAUUUACAGUAAUUUCGAAGUGGCAUUAAACAGCCAAAAUCUCCCUGGCCGUCAAUGCGUUCUUAGAGCUAUUUGUGAGACUGCCUCGAUUCUGAAUCAACCAGGCUUGUCGUUGGUGGAAAAAGCGUUGAAAGUAAUCCUUAGCAAUUCCGAAGACGUAGAAGAAAAUGAUUGUUACGAUAGAGCUUAUCGAAAAGAUACGGAUUGUCACAUUGAGUAUCCUUGCCCGUUUUCUUUUAUAGAAUUACUCUUAUAUAGCUUGUACUCUUGAAAUUCGAUAUAAAAAUGAAAAUGCUUUUCUCGAUUAUACGUAAUUUAUUUUUUAUUCUCGAAACGAUUUAUCUUUAAAUCUGAGAAAUAUUACGAAUUAAAUAGCAUUUCUGGUUGAAGCAUUAAAAACAAAAAUCUUCCAAGAUGCUUCACUACGGCGAAAGGUACUUACUUAUGAGUAAGUACUUGCGGUGUAUCUCUUGCUGUCAUGACAUUUUGUGUUUCGUGAAUUCUACUUAGAAAAACCGAAUGAUCUAAAACCUGAAAAACGGUGAACUUGCUACCGUUAACUUCUUAUAUGUCAUUUUGGAGUGCAGAUGUACGGAUAUAAUUAUCAAGAGGAUGACGAAAGUUUAACACUAUCACUAAUACAAUUUUUUCUUAAGAUAAUAUUUAAAACAUUGACAGUUAAU